CUAGCUUCUUUCGCGUUUACUUUAUUGAAUUUGCAGUUGCUCAGGCUCUUUGCAACAAUAUUGGUGCAGCAUGGCUGCCUUUAAGAGCUUUAAGUCUCUCGUCCAGCUGCAACACAAAGAAGGAACUUUAUUUCAAGUGGUCGGAGACUCUAGCAAGCUGCCCAAGUGGUUCCACACCGAGCAUCUGGAUGAUCCAAAAACAAUGUACGUGGAUGCUUGGCUCGUGGAAAUGAUGUUUGGUAAGGAUGGAGAGUACAUCCCGCAUGUCGAGUGUGUGACACGUACCUUGCUUCACGUGAACCAGUGGAACUCUGAAGAGGAAGCUGAGAUUUUGAUAUUCGGGCCUCCUGAUUACCAAAAGGAUGUUUCCCAGAUGAUAUCGAACUUGGUUGACUAUUUUUCCAAGAAAGUAAUUCAAGAGGAGGACUGUUCUCAAACUGAGACCCAGUGUCUUCCUGUGGAGGUUCAGGAGGCUGCCCCCGAGCUGACUCUGGUGGAGGUCCAUGAUGCUGCCACCCAGCUGUCUCCAGUGGAGGUCCAUGAGGCUGCCACCCAGCUGUCUCCAGUGGAGGUCCAUGAGGCUGCCACCCAGCUGUCUCCAGUGGAGGUCCGUGAGGCUGCCACCCAGCUGGCUCCUGUGGAGGUCCGUGAGGCUGCCACCCAGCUGGCUCCUGUGGAGGUCCGUGAGGCUGCCACCCAGCUGACUCUGGUGGAGGACGCUCAUUCUACCCAGCUGGCUCCAGUGGAGGACGGUGAUGCCGCCACCCAGCUGGCUCCGGUGGAGGACGGUGAUGCCGCCACCCAGCUGGCUCCGGUGGAGGACUGUGAUGCCGCCACCCAGCUGGAUCCUGUGACGGUCCACGAGGAUGCUAGUGAAGCUGCCAACACGCACACUUAAGGGGAGGUCCACCAGGAUGUCACUAAGCAGUUUCCCAUUGAAGUCUGUGAGGCUGCCACCCUCCCUAGCAGCCCUUUGUAGAGGUCU